CAAAGUGGCUGAGAUGAUGUCCAGCUUCACGUCGAGCAGCAAGCCAACCGAGUAUUCCCGCAUCGCUCCUAGAAAUGCCGAUGUUCCAGCUCCAAUUAUUGAAGAUCAAAGCAAACGUCCCGCUGUCGACGACGCAUCAGGGCCUGGCAAGAAGAAGGCGAAGAGGAGGAAAGUGAAUCAUGCGUGCUUGUAUUGUCGGCGCAGCCAUAUGACUUGCGACGAGGGGAGGCCUUGUCAACGCUGUAUCAAGAGGGAAAUUGGGCACCUCUGUCACGAUGAGCCUAGACAAUCGAGCAAGCCGGACAAGAGUGCAAGUUCGUCCGUCGGACCAAACAUAGACAUGUCGCGGGCAAUAUCGAUGAACCCCUUCGCUGCCGCUCCUGUUCCUGUUACAAAUCCAGUGUGGCCCAUAGCUGUCGCUCCAGCACCCUAUCUUGCCUACCAACCAGAAACAUUGGGGAACGAGUUCUCCGUCCUGACCGACUUUCUCGAAUCCCUUGACGAGCGAUCGUUUUUCAACCCUCCUCCGACCACCAUCGCACCCCCCCUUGUAUCUGUUCCCUCCUUCUCCGCUCCCAAUACCGUUUCCCCUGCAAACACGGGCAACUCCUUUCUUCCGAAAGCCGAAGAGCCUGCAGAGCAGCCCUCCGCGCAUCAAACGUCACAAUCAGAACAGCCCUCGGCCGAUAAACCCCCAAAUGCCGAGGACGGUAUGCCGCCUCCGUUGUCCGCGUCGAACAAAACGGAACAGUUCCUGUAUACUGCUGCUGAUCAGGAACCCGGUACUCGAGACGAACGGUUACGAAGAGUGAUCAGCGCGAAGUAUGAGGCUGGUUUGUUGAAGCCGUAUAAUUAUGUGAAGGGCUAUGCGCGGCUGUCCCGCUGGAUGGAUAGGAAUGUCUCACAAGAGUCGAAGCAGCUCAUACUACAGCCUUUGUCGGUCCUGAGGCCGAAGUUUAGGGCCAUUGCACAGUCGCUGAAAGAUAUGGACCUAGUGUUCAUCGAGGAGGCAUUCGAACGUCUACUAUUAGACUAUGAUCGUGUGUUCUCGGUGAUGGGUGUCCCGGCCUGCUUGUGGCGCAGAACAGGCGAGAUCUACAAAGGUAACCGCGAGUUUGCAGAGCUCGUGGGGGUUGAUGGAUACAUGCUGCGAGACGGGCGUCUGUGUAUUUAUGAACUGAUGGCUGAGGAAUCCGCUGUUAAUUAUUGGGAGAAAUAUGGCCAUGUCGCUUUUGACGCCAAUCAGAAAGCGGUGCUGACGUCUUGCGUCUUACGAUUCAAGCCACUCCUGAGUCCUCCUUCAGGCUCUAUUAGUCCGGUGAACGCCAGGAAACCGACGAAGUCGCAAGAGUUGGUGAAGGAGGAAGGGUUCAUUAAUUGCUGCUUCUCGUUCACCAUUCGCAGGGAUGCCUAUGGCAUACCGAGUAUGAUCGUCGGCAACUUCAUCAAGUGCUGAAGGGUCUCGUUAGGUUCUUCCUGUUCCUUUCGAGCUGCCUUGCAAUAGGCGCAUCUAUUUGGGGAGCGGAGUAUCUUCACGCGUUAUCAUGUCGAAUUUACAAUUUACAGGAGAGGAUCUUCCCCCUAGGGUUGUAUUUCAUGACACUCUAAUUCCUUCCGAGUCAAUAAUUUAUUUCUACUGCUGUACCUCCAUUUACUGUGUCGUAAUAUAUGGAUUCAUCACCUG